UUAGAUUCGACUUGUAUUUUGAAAUACAAGGCCGGAAGUGAACCACACAUGCGCCAUUAAAUUUCAAAUUGGUUCAAUUCCAAAUACCAUUGUAUUGUCCACUUACUUCACUACGUAGUGGCUCUGGGGCGUGGUUUCCUACAGCCUACAGGUUUCCUAGUGAGCGUGUGCAGGAGGUCAGUGGCGUUUGGGACGCGGCGGUUGGUCCAUGUUUCACAGAGCUACGUUGAUGUAGAGAAACGCGGACCAGACUGUUCUAGAACCUUAACCGAGGACCAGAGCAACACGUUUCAGAACACAGAGGAAAUGCCGACCUGUUGGCUCGUUCGUGCGGAUGAGAGCCACAAACCCAUUCAGCUCCUUCAUUAUCACACACACACUCUGGGUCGAGGUCCAGAAACUCAGAUUAAAGACCAGAAAUGCUCCAGGCAGCAAGUCGAACUGAGAGCGGAUUGUAACCGAGGAUUCGUCACUGUGAAGCAGUUGGGCAGCAAUCCUACAAGCCUGGACGAUGUGGUCGUGGGCAAAGGCAAUCAGGUGACCUUUAAACCCGGACAGAAGCUCUACAUGGUCAAUCGGCUUUAUCCGUACACGCUGCAGUUCAGGGAAGAAUCGACGUCUGCCGGUGCUUCUGGGGAGAAAAGCAAAGCGAUGAAGAGACCGCACCAGAGAGACGCUCAUGAAGAGAGAGACCAGGAUAAGGAGAAGAGCUGCAGAGUCUCAGCACCUUCCUGUUCGAACAGCGCGGCUCGGCCAGACCAAACACACGCACCUGAAAAGGAACCCGCAGCACACUGGAGCCACGGGCUGAAAGUCUCCAUGCAGGACCCCAGCAUGCAGGUGUACAAAGACGAGAAGGUGGUGGUGAUUAAGGACAAGUACCCGAAGGCACGGUUCCACUGGUUGGUUCUGCCGUGGGAUUCCAUCUCCAGCCUGAAGGCCCUGAGGCCCGAGCACGUGGAGCUGCUGAAGCACAUGGAGCGAGUCGGGGCCCGCGUGGCGCAGCAGUGUCCCGGCUCCGACACGCUACGCUUCCGUCUGGGUUACCACGCCAUUCCCAGCAUGAGUCACGUUCACCUUCACGUAAUCAGCCAAGACUUUGAUUCUCCGUGUCUGAAGAAUAAAAAACACUGGAACUCCUUCACCACUGACUACUUCAUUGAAUCUCGGGAUGUUAUCGCGAUGUUGGAGAGAGACAGUCGCGUGAGCGUGAAGGACGGCACCAGCGAGCUGCUGAAGCUGCCACUGCGAUGCCACGUCUGCCACCAAGAGCAAACCACCAUCCCCAAGCUGAAGGAACAUCUCCGGAGUCACGCCUCGUCCUGAACGAAAUGCCUUCAGUGAUGUGAAUACCGCGGGACGGCGUUGAUCAGUUGUUAAGAGUUAAUAAAAGUGUGCGUGAAGUUACAGGUUUAGUUCUAGAGCAGUGUUCAGUGUUGGACGUUCGUGAAGGCUGGAAUAAAAAGCCACAAGUUGA